AUGGGUAAAGUGCGGAAUCGGGCCUCGGUUUUCGGAGGUCAAAGGACGGAUGAGGGACCACCAGUGCAAAUGAACGUUUUUGGCGCUCCAAUGGAAACAUCUGGCCUUAUCAUUUCCGUGCAUCCAUUUAUGCCCGAACAAAAUAGCACACCAGGAGAGCUUUUCUUCGAGUGUACCCUGUUUCUCUACUCUGUUUUGGCUCUCUUCCUUCAAUAUCUUAAUUUAUACAAAACCCUCUGGUGGCUACCGAAAUCGUAUUGGCAUUAUUCUUUGAAAUUUCAUCAAAUCAAUCCAUAUUUUCUCUCAUGUGUUGGUCUUUUGCUAGGACUUCGAGUGACAAAAUGUUUUUGGAAAACGAUAACCGAAGUCGUCGCGAAACUCUCACUAAAUCAGGGACAAUUCAUGCAAUCUUGUCUCACCGUUUUUGAGUACGCUUUUGUGAAAACACCAAUGAUGACAAUGGUUGUCACUUCCUUUAUGUUCAGCUUUACGAAAGUCUGGAACGAUUUUCCGAUGUCUUCCGUGAUGCAGUUUUUUGUUCCACUACCUUUCUAUGCGUACAUCUUCCAAAGUGAACUUAUUCAUAAAUAUCGACGAGUGAAAGAAGCGAUCUGGAUAUGGAUUAAGGGAGGAAUUGAGAUUACAGAGGUAGUUGAAAGAUUUUGCGAGCCAGCUCCCCAAUCAGUCGAUCACGAGUCAACAGCGCAUAUGUGCAGCCAACAUCCGGCCCAAAUUCGGGAAGAAAUCGCGAUUCUAACAGAGGAUUUGUAUCACCGAUUCAAGCGUUGUUUCUUCGCCGGCCUCUCCACCGCUUUCCUCUCGAUCUAUUUGCCCUGCAUUUUUGCACCAUUUAAAACGAAUCUCGGGAUGUCACAAAAGAUUCUGAUCGAUUCGGUUUGGGAGUACGAGCUUUUCACAGUGGUUGCUCUCACGUCAUUCAGCCUUUACAUCACCUAUUUAUUACCUUUAAAUUACAUCGAUCUCUUGCACAGAGCAGCUGUUCAUUUGGGGACAUGGGAGCUGUUGAGUGAGACGUCGAGGGUGUCACGAGAGAUGACUCCGCUAUGGAAUCCAAAUGACGGUCUCCAUCCGAUGGGCUCCGUUGUGCAACUCGGCGAUGAGCGUCGCUUUCUCGCAGUUGGUAGCGCCGAGUUGGGCACUGUUGCGGCAGAGCCGGGCAACUUUGAGCACACCACGUUUUAUCGCCUCUGCAAGGGACCAUGCACUCUCGUGAAUCUACUGUGUAUUUUCGAGGGGAUUCUCAUUGCCGUUCAGUUCUGGAUGCUCGUUUUAACGACUGAAUGGCAACACAUUUGCACACUUGUGCUACUAAUGUUCGCGAAUUAUCUACUAUUGGCAAAGUUAUUCAAGGACAAGGUUUUCCUCAGCCGAAUCUACGAUCCAUCUCCCGAAGACAAAGCGCUCGUGGAACAAUUAAAAAACGAGUUAAAAAUGCAU